AUGAGCAUUACCUUUGCGGCGAUGAACAAUCAGUAUGUGGGAGAUUUGCGCAAAAUGUACUCAGUGACGGCUGUUGCAUUUGCAAACGGAAUCAAAGCCCGAUUUGGCGACUUCAAGGUCUGUGCUGAGUCACAAGGCGAGGUUGACGUUCCAGAUUUCGUUGCAGUACACUGCACCGCCAAGAACCUCCACGCUCUUGAGCAACUAGACUCCCGCGAAGUCCCGUAUUUGAAGUUUGUUGGAGAGACCAAAACACCUUGGAGGCAUGAUCUGGGCAAAAUUUACCAUGAUUUUACUACCAGAAAGAAAUCAACCAUAGACCGUGCGCUAAGUAUGUUCUUAUCAGUUGCUAUCCAUGAAGACUAA